AUGUCUCGCUGGCAUGAGUCCGGCUGCCGAAGCCCCGAUGUUGCUCUCCUCGACAACCUGCCUUUCUGCAAUUACUGCUUUGCCAUCGCAUUGCAUGACGGUAUCACACACAAUGCCACUCUACCCAUACUUCCACUUCAUAAAGUGCGGAGUCAGUCCCAGAUGAAUCUCACUUGGCCGUCUGUUGUCCAUUACAGCCGCACCGAUCCCGCUUCGGAUGACUGCAGCGUCCACGGAUCAGCUGCGGAUGCAAGGCUUAGGAGUUCUUCUCCUAUAGGCGGCGCGCGACACCAUGGGGAUGCCUUCAAGCCGUGGAAUGAGACAGCCCUAUUCCCCAGGAUCAACACCGACGACCAGAUUCGUCUUCUACGAGUAACAGCUGGUCAACCUGGAGAACCCGUCCAUGUCCAUGCUGAGGUGGCUUGUCUGAAAAAUUCUUCAUUCCCACCAUACGACAUCUUGUCAUAUAUCAAGGCCGAUGAUUUCGGAGACAACACAAAGCGCUGCCCGAUAUUUAUUGGUCCAUAUUGGGACAUCGUAUAUGUUCCUCUUAGCUCCGAGGAGGCAUUUCGAAGUAUCCGAUACAAGCAGGCAGACCGGACCAUGUGGGUGGACUUCCUGUGUAUUAAUCAAGAGGACGUCGAUGAGAAUACUCGACAAGUUAGCUUGUUGCGUGAGAUUCUCACGAAUGCGUCCGGGACAUUGAUUUACCCUGGUCACGCGUCAGCAGACACUGGUAUGGCUCUGGACUUUAUAGAGUCUACGGCAUCUACAUCACGAACAACUGGUCGUCGAGCAACAGGAGAUCAAAAAUCGCGGAGUGCCCUGCAGUCUCUAGUUCAACGACUCUGCUUUUCCAGGGUCUGGGCCAUCCAAGAAGUUCUCCUUGCCAAAAGGCUAGAAAUUGUGUACGAGCAGAGAGCUGUGCCCUGGCCCGAAAAACAUUCUGGAUGUGACUUCAUUGAUACUCAAGUAUCGUCCUGGUUGCUAGAGCGCCGUUUGUGUCACGGAUCUACAGGCCGAGGCUUGGUUCGCCUGCUGCUUUACAGCUCGCUUUGCCAGUGCUCGGACCCUCGUGAUAAAGUGUUCGGAAUACUCGGGCUAUUUCGCAAAGAGAAUUUCACUCCCGACUAUCGGCUGUGUGUCGAGAGUGUCUAUAUUGGGGUUGCUGCGUAUCUCAUCAAGAAUUGCCGGGCCUUCGAGAUUUUCGCACUUGCUACGACUGCAAAACGAGAGCUCUGUAUCCCAUCUUGGGUACCUGAUUGGUCUCACCCUGUCACCUGGAAGUUUCCGGAACCGGGACCUGGUUUCGGCCAGGAAGAUGAGGUGGAUAUGAGCAAUGACGCUGUAAGGGUGGUAACGCCGGUCGUUUUCGACAGCGUUACCGAUUCCGAGCCCGAGAUCUUAAUUGAUGCCAAUACCGGAUCGUUGCAGAUUCGUGCGUGGAGGCUCUGUGCUGUCACAGGAGAGAUUGUUCAAGGGCACGAUCAGACUAAGGUCAUAAUGAACAAGGGACGACGCGGAACGCUCGUUCUUAGCGUCCUUGAUGGGACAUAUAGAAUCGGCUCGGACUUUGUCUUCUUAUUACAUGGGUGGGAUCAUCCGAUCGUUCUACGACAUCACCCCGGUACGGAUUCAUAUUCAGUUAUUUCCGUAUGCGCCAUUGCGUUCGGGCCUCCAUCGGUAGGAACAAUUUGGCUGCUACCCUCGAAGAAUCCGUCUCUCUUUCAGGGCACAACCAAAGUGUCCAAACUUACUCAGGUUGAGAAUGAUUUGCUGUUGGCUUUUCAUUCGAAUUUAAGUAUCCUGUGCGAGACUCAUUUAGACAUACAACAGGAGUACGCCGUGUCCAGCAUAUCUCCAACGGUAGAAGCUAUGGUACUUGAUUUUAGCCUAUUGUCUCUGACGGGGCUUAGUGAAGUGGAAUCAAGGUUGAGGGACAUCUGGAACAAUUUAGAACAACAGCUUGGAUGGAUGUUCUUAGAUCAGGUCGCCGUUUGGCAUUUUCUCCGAGACAUGGACGCGGGUAGCAAAGAAGAUCUAUUAGGUGAAGGCACGGUGCUAUUCGAUAAGCUGGAAGCGACGAUGUGCGAGCGCUUUUGCGGGCUAACACUUCCAUCGACCUACCAAUGGGACCUCCGUCAAUUCUGCUGGUCCUUCAUACGAACCCCUAUUCCACAGUCAGCCACUUCAGAGAGUAAUUGGACUCCGAUGCUGACACAGCUCAAAUCGCAGCUCUCUGAAAUACGAAGAUGGGUCGAAGUCAGCGAACAGCUGCUGAUCGUGUUCGAAUACUCCCGGUUAGUCCUCCAGAAAAGCUGGACUUGCUUUCCAGGCACGGGACUUCCGGAGAAAUGGCGCAGCAAUUGGCGCUGUUUUCACGAGACCCUGGUAUUAGAUCCAGGUAAAGGUCAACAGUUUCAUCCAGGCUGUCUUUGGGAUUGGGCAGAAUUCAAAACCAGUCUGUGCUUGAGAGGGCUUCUUCAGGAGCAAAAGAUACCUCCCCAGCUAGACCCCUCGGUCAACAUCAACAUGGCUGCGCGACUGGGACUCCGAUCGUUGGGGCUUGAGCUGGACCGCUCAGAUCGUAUUCAAAUCGACUAG